AACAAACACGGCCACGGCGCUGCCUGGCCGGUCUGUUGCGACGGGACAUGGCCAACGUCUCCAAAAAGGUGUCGUGGUCCGGACGCGACGUGGACGACGACGAGGCGGCGCCGCUGCUGCGGAGGGCGGCGCGGCCCGGAGCGCCGGCCGGGGAGGCCACGCCGCUGCUGAACGGGGCCGGGCCCGCGGCCGUGCGCGCGUCGCCCCAUUCAGCAUUUUUCCGGAUUGGACAGAUGAGCAACGUGGAACUGGAUGAUGAGCUUCUGGACUCUGACACGGACCCCCUUCACCCCUUCCCCAAGGAGAUCCCGCACAACGAGAAGCUUCUGUCCCUCAAGUAUGAGAGCUUGGACUAUGACAACAGCGAGAACCAGCUGUUCCUGGAGGAGGAGCGGCGCAUCAAUCACACAGCCUUUCGGACCGUGGAGAUCAAGCGCUGGGUCAUCUGUGCCAUGAUCGGGAUCCUCACGGGCCUCGUGGCCUGCUUCAUCGACAUUGUAGUGGAGAAGCUGGCCGGCCUCAAGUACAGGGUCGUCAAGGACAGUAUUGACAGGUUCACGGCGCGGGGCGGGCUGUCCUUCUCCCUCCUGCUGUGGGCCUCGCUCAAUGUGGUCUUUGUGCUCCUGGGCUCUGUGAUCGUUGCCUUCAUAGAGCCGGUCGCUGCUGGCAGCGGAAUCCCCCAGAUCAAGUGCUUCCUCAAUGGGGUGAAGAUCCCCCACGUGGUCCGGCUCAAGACCCUGGUGAUCAAAGUGUCUGGCGUGAUCCUGUCCGUGGUUGGGGGACUGGCCGUGGGGAAGGAGGGACCAAUGAUCCACUCGGGCUCCGUGAUUGCUGCUGGGGUCUCCCAGGGGAGGUCCACGUCACUGAAGCGGGAUUUCAAGAUCUUCGAGUACUUCCGCAGAGACACAGAGAAGCGGGACUUUGUCUCAGCAGGAGCUGCGGCCGGAGUGUCUGCUGCGUUUGGGGCCCCUGUGGGUGGGGUCCUGUUCAGCUUGGAGGAGGGUGCAUCCUUUUGGAAUCAGUUCCUGACGUGGAGAAUCUUCUUUGCUUCCAUGAUUUCCACCUUCACCCUGAAUUUCGUCUUAAGCAUUUACCACGGAAACGUGUGGGAUCUGUCUAGCCCUGGUCUCAUCAAUUUUGGAAGAUUUGACACUGAGACGAUGGUGUACACGAUCCACGAGAUCCCCAUCUUCAUCGCCAUGGGCGUGGUGGGUGGCAUUCUUGGAGCUGUGUUCAACGCCUUGAAUUACUGGUUGACGAUGUUUCGAAUCAGGUACAUCCACCGGCCCUGCCUUCAGGUGAUCGAGGCCAUGCUGGUGGCUGCUGUCACGGCCACAGUCGCCUUCGUGCUGAUUUAUUCGUCCCGGGAUUGCCAGCCCCUGCAGGGGAGCUCUGUGUCCUAUCCUCUUCAGCUCUUCUGUGCCGAUGGCGAGUAUAAUUCGAUGGCUGCAGCCUUCUUCAACACCCCAGAGAAGAGUGUGGUCAGCCUUUUCCACGACCCCCCAGGCUCCUACAACCCCAUGACGCUCGGCCUCUUCACCCUGGUCUACUUCUUCUUGGCCUGCUGGACCUAUGGGCUCACGGUAUCGGCCGGUGUCUUCAUCCCAUCCCUGCUCAUCGGAGCUGCCUGGGGCCGGCUCUUUGGCAUCUCCCUGUCCUACCUCACUGGGGCUGCGGUCUGGGCAGACCCUGGCAAGUAUGCCCUGAUGGGAGCAGCUGCCCAGCUGGGUGGGAUUGUGAGGAUGACGCUGAGCCUGACAGUCAUCAUGAUGGAGGCCACCAGCAACGUGACCUACGGCUUCCCCAUCAUGCUGGUGCUGAUGACCGCCAAGAUUGUGGGGGAUGUCUUCAUCGAGGGCCUGUAUGACAUGCACAUCCAGCUGCAGAGUGUGCCCUUCCUGCACUGGGAAGCCCCAGUCACCUCACACUCGCUCACUGCCAGGGAGGUGAUGAGCACACCAGUCACCUGUCUGCGGAGGAGGGAGAAGGUGGGCAUCAUUGUGGAUGUGCUGAGCAGCACGGCGUCCAAUCAUAACGGCUUCCCCGUGGUGGAGGAUGCCGACGGCACGCAGCCAGCCCGGCUCCAGGGCUUAAUCCUGCGCUCCCAGCUCAUCGUCCUGCUCAAGCACAAGGUGUUCAUAGAACGCUCUUGUAUGGGCCUGCUACGGCGCCGGCUGCGGCUGAAGGACUUCCGCGAUGCCUACCCGCGCUUCCCCCCCAUCCAGUCCAUCCAUGUGUCCCAGGACGAGCGGGAGUGCACCAUGGACCUCUCCGAGUUCAUGAACCCCUCCCCCUACACGGUGCCCCAGGAGGCAUCCCUCCCGCGGGUGUUCAAGCUGUUUCGGGCCCUGGGCCUCAGGCACCUGGUGGUGGUGGACAACUGCAAUCAGGUGGUCGGGCUGGUGACCAGGAAGGACCUCGCCAGGUACCGGCUUGGGAAGGGGGGCCUAGAGGAGCUCUCUCUGGCCCAGACGUGAGGCCCUGGUCCCUCCCCUGAGGGAGGCAGCGGCGGAUCCAGCGUCCUCCAGACCUCGGGGACAGCACAGCCAGUGUGUGACACAUGUGGUCUCUUCGUGUUCUCAGUGCCCCCCCUCCCCCACCCCCGACCUCAUUCCCUCACCCUCCAAGAUUUCACACGCCAGCCUCCUGUUUCCUGACUUCGAGGAGUCAGUUUGUAGAACUGCUGCUCUUUUUCUGAGAGACCGCGAGUGUGCGUAUGUAUCUGCAUGUGUGUGCACGUGUGACAGCUGGCAGGCUGGGCCCUGUGGGUCCGAGUACUGCAGCCCCCAGGACGGGCCCAUUGCCUGGAAGCACUGCACCCUAAGCACCGCCAGCUGGAGGCCUGGGCGACUCGAGGCUGCAGCAGAGGCCUCUGGUCCUGUCCCUUUCAGCCCUCAGCUCAAUUUGCAGCCGUGAGAUUUGGGGUCUGGGCAGAAACACAAGCUGGACUUAUGAAGGUGAGGGCUCAGGGGAGCAGGACCACCUGGAGAGCAGAUCCUGGAGCCGCACUCCCAGACACCCGUGCACCCCAAGCCACACCUACUUGGUGCAGUGGACUCUGAGCCAGGGUCUGGGCCAAAGGGGAGAGCUGAGACCUUCCUGUGGGCCUGGACCCCCAAGUCCAGCCACGCCUCUAUCACAGCACCCGUGUGGACGGCACAGGGAAGAAGGGUCUUCUCAACACACGGGGGCCCCACGGGCCACUGAGGACCCCCAGCCCUGAGCGAUGUUCCGGGGCAGCUCUGCUUCCAGUGUUGGGGGCAGGUUGUUUCUGGGAUGAACUGGCGAGCCCAGAGCAGGGAUGCACCCCUCCCAGACUGGGCAGUGCCAGAUUUGGGAUCCUGUGUCCCCAGUGCCCCACGGGACAUUUUUUCUAAAGUGACUCACGUCUCCAGCCCACUUCUGUGAUGAGGUCCAUGGAUGCCUUUGUGGUAGGUUGGUGGGCACUCCACCUGGGUUUUAGCCCCUUUCAAGGGGAUGGGGCCUCGAAAGUCCUCUUCCUUUCUGUCAGGGGAGCCCUCCAUGGGGGGCACAGGGGUCCAAGUGUGGGGAUCUGAAUGGGAGAAAUAAAGGAAUUGUA